AUGUUUAUAAAGGUUGUCUUUGCGGUCAUAUUACCACCGGUGGCGGUGCUGUUGGACAGGGGCUGUAAUUUGGACUUCGUGUUAAACCUAAUCCUGACAUGCAUUGCGUGGUUUCCCGGCAUAAUUCACGCCCUGUUUGUCAUUUGCCGCAAGAAAGGAGAGCAGCAACACAUCCAUCACAUCCACACCACUCGUGAGAUCAUUGUUACGACUGAGCCUCAGAUGAUGGCCAACGCCUCGCAGGCCGUCGUGUAUACAGCUGUUCCCCCA